AUGGGUGGCUCACCUCCUUGCGGCGAUUCGGUCCGGUCAGUAAAGGACCAUCGACGGCAGGAAAUAACCUUGAAGAAAUGGCCAUCAAAACCUGAGAAUGAUUCCUCGAUCAAUUUCUCACCUGAAGAUGCCAUCAGCGUCCACCUACCUGAUAACGACCCCCUACUCGUCGAAAUAGGAAUCACGAAGUGUGACGUCGCUAAAGUUUUGAUCGAUACUGGCAGUUCGGUCGAUCUGAUCUUUCGAGAUACGCUCGAUAAGAUGGGAGUCGACUUACGUAACAUGAAACUGUCAUCCCGCUCCCUCACGGGAUUCAACGGAGCUUCCGAGAUGAUGAUCGAGACAAUCAAACUACCAGUCUAUGCAUGCGGUAUGACACGCACAGUCAAGUUCUCCGUCAUCCGAACAAAGGCCCCUUAUAACGCGAUCCUCGGGACCCCCUGGUUACAUUCGGUCAAGGCAGUGCCGACACUUCGCGGAGACCAGCAGGCUGCUCGUGAUCUACUAAUUACAACGGUGAAGAUGCAACAAACGACUCCUCGCAUCAAUGCAGUAGCAAAGCAAAUCCAACCUCAAAGAGACGAGAUCAUAGAAGUCGCGAUAGACGGCUCCGACAAAAGCAAAGUAGUUCGAGUCGACACCUUUCUCUCCGAAGAGAUGCAACAGGAAAUUGUCGACUUCCUGAAGAAGAACACAUCAACAUUCUCUUGGACGACAUCGGAUAUGAAAGGAAUAAAUCCGGCCAUCACGUCCCACGAGUUGAAUAUCGAUCCAACCAUAAAGCCUAUUCGCCAGAAGAGACGCAAGCUCGGCCACGACCGAAGCAAAGCUGUUAACGAAUGA